AUGCCUCUGGGAAUCUUAGAAGAUAUCAAGCUCGAGAAUGUGCCGGGCACUGCGCCCCUAAACGAGCUCGGCAACAACAAUGCCUACACCGGCAUCGAUCCUUCACUCCUUAAACAUGACAAGACCGGCGAGAUUGUGCUCGUCCCUCAACCAUCAGACUCGCCAAAUGACCCCUACAACUGGCCGCGCUGGAAAAAGGAGCUCUUCACCAUUACUUUCGGCUGGGGAUGCGGUUGUACAGGAGCCGUCGGGCCUCUCCUAGGAGCGGCAUUUGACCCACUGGCCAAGGAAUUCGGUCUCCCUCUUAAUACGUUCGUGUCCGGUGUGCAGGGUGGCACAAUCGCCGCUGUUGCUGUGGGGAGCCUGGUUCUCAAUUGUGUCGCGGUGAAGUAUGGCAAACGUCCGGUCUACUUAAUAUCAACAAUCGGAAUGAUGGUGGCAUGCUUUUGGGGGGCCGCGGCCAAGAGCUUCGCAUCGCUAGUGGCAGCGCGUGUCCUCAGUGGUUUUUGCAUGGGGCCGUUCGAGGCCUUAGUUCCAGCCUCAAUAGCAGAUGUUUGGUUUGUUCACGAACGUGGUCUGCGUACAGCUAUUUUCAACCUUGGUGUGCUGGGUGGCAUCAACCUUGCGACUCCGAUCGCUGGGGCCGUCAUUGAGUAUAGUGACUACCAAGUAUGCCUCAACGGCAUGGGCGGUGCUUUUGCCCUAACUCUUAUCAUGGUCUUCCUCUGGAUGCCAGAAACGGCGUACGUACGAACAGGUGCACUGGACAUCGAUACUGGCCAUGACCUGAGUGCACUCGAAGGCAAAACAAGCACCAAGCACCUCGAAGCCACAGGUGAAACGAUCGCGGUCCCGGUAUCAACAUCCGACGAACCACGCAUCCCCUACAUGCGCGAACUACUUCCCUACAACGGCUACGUCAACCACGUCUCCUUCUGGAAUACCCUCAUUCGCCCCGUUUACCUCCUCGCCUCACCGGCCGUCGUCUGGGCCGUCAUCCUCUUCACAACAUGCAUCUCUUGGCUCGUCCUCAUCUCCCUCACAAUCUCGCAGAUCUUCUCUGCACCGCCGUACAAUUUCUCCGUUGGCGCAGUCGGCGCUACAAACGUCUCUUCUUUCGUUGCAUCUCUUAUCGGCACAGUCGUUGCAGGGCCCCUAGUCGAUGGCGUCGCCAGCAGGCUGUCGAAGAUGAACAAGGGAAUCUUCGAACCCGAAUUCCGCCUCCCAAUCAUGGUAACAUACCUCCUCUUCACGGCAACAGGCUUCUUCGCCUGGGGCGCAUCUCUCGCCAACACCGAUCCCUGGCCCAUCCCCGUAAUCGUGUGUCUGGGCCUCAUCAACCUAGGAGUCCAGCUGGGAACAACUGGUGUCGUGACAUACGUGGUCGACUGCCAUCGAGAAAAGGCGAGCGAGGCGUUCGCGACGAUGAACUUUGUCAAGAACCUUUUCUCGUUUGGACUUACGUUCUAUGUGAAUGGCUGGAUUGAUAGCCAGGGCGUGAGAGAUGUGUUCUUUACCAUUGGUGGCAUUACGAUCGGCGUUACGUUGCUCACUGUACCGAUGUAUGUGUACGGCAAGAGGGCGAGGAGUUGGGUGCAUCGGCAUCGGAUUGCGGAAAGGCUGUAG